AGGAGUUGUCCGACUUCCUCCAUAGUUGACUUGACGUCGUGUGCGUACUCGGACGUUGUCCGAAGAGAGCGGCGACUCGGCGACUGAAGCGAGUUCCGGGGAAGGCGGCCGAAGCGAGUCCUCAGGAGGUUCGGAGAACCGAGCCAGCCCGAAGGCGCGCUCUCACCAGCGGGCACUGCGCGCCUCCAGUGCGUCAAAGGCGCACCGGAGCCGAAGAGCGCGGAGAUGCUGGCGAGAAAGAGCAUCAUCCCGGAGGAGUUCGGCCUGCCGGGGCUGGCGUCGCGUCUGCCCCGCAAGCCGGUGUUCCGCGACCGCGUCAACAAGGCGCGCUUCAUCGCCAAGAACGGCUCGUGCAACCUGGCGCACAAGAACAUCCGCGAGCAGGGCCGCUUCCUGCAGGACGUCUUCACCACGCUGGUGGACCUGAAGUGGCGCUUCACCCUCGUCAUCUUCACCACCACCUUCGUCAGCAGCUGGCUGCUCUUCGCCAUGAGCUGGUGGCUGGUGGCCUUCGCGCACGGCGACCUGGACCCGCAGCGCCUGCUCGGACCUCACUGCGUCAUUGGCGUCAAGUCGUUCACCUCGGCCUUCCUCUUCUCCAUCGAGGUCCAGGUGACCAUCGGCUUUGGCGGGCGGAUGAUCACGGAGCAGUGCCCCGCCGCCAUCACCGUCCUCAUCCUGCAGAACAUCGUGGGCCUCAUCAUCAACGCCGUCAUGCUGGGUUGCAUCUUCAUGAAGACGGCGCAGUCCAACCGGCGGGCGGAGACGCUCAUCUUCAGCCGCCACGCCGUCAUCGCCGUACGCAACAACCGCCUGUGCUUCAUGAUCCGCAUCGGCGAUCUGAGGAAGAGUAUGAUCAUCGGCGCGACCGUGCGGCUGCAGGUGGUGAGGAAGACGACCACCCCCGAGGGCGAGGUGAUCCCCAUCCAUCAGAUCGACGUCCAGACGGAGAACGCCAUGGCCAGCAACAGCCUCUUCCUGCUGGCGCCGCUCAUCAUCUGCCACGUCAUCGACAAGAACAGUCCGCUGUACGAGCUGUCGGCCAUGGAGCUGCAGUGCAGCGACCUGGAGGUCAUCGUCAUCCUGGAGGGAGUGGUGGAGACCACGGGCAUCACCACCCAGGCCCGCACCUCCUACGUCUCCGAGGAGAUCCAGUGGGGUCACCGCUUCGUUCCCAUAGUAACGGAGGAAGACGGGGUGUACUCGGUGGACUACUCCAAGUUCGGGAACACAAUGCGGGUGGCCACGCCUCGCUGCAGCGCCAGGGAGCUGGACGAGAAGCCCAACAUCUUGAUCCAGACGCUGCAGAAAAGCGAGCUGUCGCACCAGAACUCGCUGAGGAAGAGGAACUCCAUGCGGCGCAACAACUCCAUGCGGAAAACCGUGGGAAGCGGCGGGGGUCUGCGGCGAAACAACUCCGGCAUCGCCUCGCCCAAAGUGCAGUUCUUCACCCCCGCCGACAACUGCCAGAGCGUGAACGCCGUCACCUGACAUGAGGCCCGCCUCCUGCUGGCGGCCACGGUCUUCCUCCUGGUGGCGAGGAGGGUCGUGGGCGUGUCCUCCGCCCCCGUAGGACUUCUUCUUUGGCUUUUCCCCACUCACAGCUAGCACGACCGGGCACCGAGACGACGCAGAGUCCACCGGAGUUCGGCGGGGGUUGCCAGGGUUACGCUUCGCACGUUGACGAUGCAGCAUUUCAUUUGUGGAAAUAAUGAAUUCAACUCAUACUUGUGAGACGUCUUCAGCUACAGUACAUGAAGAGAAAUAAGUGUCUUUUUAGGCAACCAAACAAAAAAAAUAGACUUGCAAGCGGAAAGAAAAUAAUCAAACCAAAAAAAAUGCUAAUGAAACAAUUUUCAAAAAUGAAAGGUUUGUACGGCGCCCCUAAAGAGACAUGGGGGAAUUUUUUUUUUUGUAGAAUAUUUGUUUUUAUUUAUUUUUUUA